GCCGCUUCGGGCUUCGGGCGUGGCGCAUCCAGGUACGCCGGGCUGGGAUGGGGUCUGCGUCGGGAUCCCUGGCCUGCGCGGGCAGCCAGAAGCGGGGUCAUCAUGGCAUCCCCGUCGUCCUACCAGGCGGAGGAGGACGAGAGUCUGAAGGGGUGUGAGCUCUACGUUCAGAAGCAUGGCGUUCAGCAGGUCCUCAAGGACUGCAUUGUGCACCUGUGCAUCUCCAAGCCCGACAGGCCCAUGAAGUUCCUGCGGGAGCACUUCGAGAAGCUGGAGAAGGAAGAAAACAGACAGAUUCUGACACAGCAGAAGUCAGACUCACAUGAUGAGGAGGUCUCCCCGACCCCACCGAACCCUGUGGUGAAAGCCCGCCGCCGCCGAGGGGGCGUGAGUGCCGAGGUGUACACGGAGGAGGAUGCCGUGUCCUACGUGAGGAAGGUCAUCCCGAAGGACUAUAAGACCAUGACGGCUUUGGCCAAAGCCAUCUCCAAAAAUGUGCUGUUUGCCCACCUGGACGACAACGAGAGAAGACACCCAUGAGCCUGCUGCCAAGUCACGUGGCCCCGGCGGGCACCAGGAAUGACUGCAGGGUGGGGUCUUUCCAGGGGGGCACCCAACAUCGGUGAGGGCCUCGGGGGCCAUGCGUUGGGAAUGGAGAUCCUACGAACAAUUGGGAAAAUCGGACUCCUGGAGAAAAUCCCUGGGACUGUUCUGGGGCGGUGCUUGUGGAUUUAUGCGUGUACGCUAAUUCCGUGUCACAGCGUGGGAUCACAUCCUCCACAGCUUGUCCCGCUCACGAGGUUGUGAACGUCCAUCUGUCAGGAAGGGUUUGUAGUAUCUGCUUCUGUAGAGUUGCUUUAAAACCCUUCCUUCCCUCCCAGGGCUGCUUGCGUUUUCUCAACGACCAUGGCCGUCCUGUGCGCUCACCUUUGGUACUUGUUUGUUUCUUCCUUCAAGUUAAAUUCCUUGAUGUGGA